GUUGAAAGUCUUCACUUCCGCCUCUUGCGUUCGCAAAUAUAUGAUUGGCUAUUACAAGUGCUGCACAGAUCGAUGGACGUUGGCGAGUACAACACCUUUUUUAGUCUGUUGGAUUUGCGUUGUCUGAGAGAAGCACUUAAUUUCGGCAAGUACUACUGUGAUGUGAAGUUGUGAAUAAGAAGACAUGUCAUUUAUGUUGUAUUUUUCACUUUUUUUUUCAAAUUUACAGUCAGUGGUCGCUUUUUGGCGUGAGGCUAGCUAUAUUUGGUCAUCGGGAUUUCAAAGCAAAGGCAUUGCAGGUGCCACUGCCGGCUGAACGUAAAGAAGCCAGUAUGGUGAAAGAGGAGCUUCGGUUGAGCGAGCGUGGUUGUCAUCCUCCGAGCAGCAAGAAUGCCAAAGACAAGAGCAACAGUUUGACUCUAAAGGCGAUGCGCCAGGCUAAGGACACGGACGACCGCCGCGAACGAGGCUGCUGCUCAGAAAAAGACUCUGGCUACUCUGACAAUGGCUCCGACUGGCAGCAGACGGACGUGGAGGAUCAGCAGAGCAUUAAAAGUCAGUCCAGAGAGGGCGCUGUGGUGCCGCCGUCCCAUCACGGCCAAGAUGCUGGGAAAGGAAAAACUGGGAAUUCUUCACGGAUACCAAGAGGCCAACCCAUCCAGCCAAUCUACAUCAUCAACAACGUAGUACUUAAGCAGCAGCCAGAAAGCAUCCAGAAAAAUGGCAGGCUGCUGUGGAGAAAUGGUCUGAGUGAGGCGGCAGGCUCUGGCAGCACAAAUAUGAUCCUCUUCCAGCAGCCCAGCCUGAUGCCGACCGCACUCCAUCUCCACAAGCCCUCGUCUCAGAAGAACAACCACGCGACCUACUUGCCCAUCCUCAACUCCUACCCCCGCAUCGCACCGCACCCUAGCAAGAAUCCGCCGGAUAAGACCUUGUCCAACGACCAGGUGCAGAAUUUGAGGAAGAGGGUGUGCACAGAACGCAAGGGGUACCUCAAAGCCGUGGCCGCCUUGGAGCAGCCAUGUUCAUCGUCAUCAUCUUCACCCUCCUCCAGUCCUGCUGCAGCCUCCUCUUGCAAGAGUCCUCCUUCUCCAUCCUCCAGCUCCUCGGUCCUCACCAGCCGGGGGCCUCAGAGAAACGGCGCGGGCAGCACUCGCCACCGCCGCUUCCUCAACACGGCGGAGAUCCUGCGUCAGUCGGGCUUGCUGGACAUCACGCUCCGCACCAAAGAGCUGCUGCGCCAGAGCUACGCCACCGAGCGGGAGAUCGCCGAGCUGCGCGAGCACACUGAGCUGCUCUGCCAGGCCGCUGAUUGCGGCACCGCCGCCACCUGGCAGAGCGUGCACAGGACCAUGGCCGAGUCCAGCUACUAUCCCAGCCUGAAAAACCUGCAACAUUUCCAAUCGGCGUCUCAACUGGAUUCAUCUGGCUGUUGUGGAGAUGCUGUGGACAUACCAAGACAGAACUGUGAGGCAGAAGCGUGAAGGGAGCUCGUGUCCUGUGAGGAAGUUGCCUUUAAACCUCCAGAUAGCCUAACUGGUCAAAUGUGACAUGUGCCUUAGAAGGAAGAGCGGCACUCAGGUCCAACCAGGCGCUUCUUUCUGGACAAUGUGUGUGAUGUUGAUCAUCCAUGGAUACCGACAAUCCCUUUUUUAAUAUUUCAUUACCACUACGGUGGACCCCCAUGGUCCUCCUGCGCACUUCUUCAGUGGUAUAAAGUUGCCUCUGCCUUGGCCCAGGGGUGUCCAAAGUGUGGUCUUAAGUAGAGAUGUCCGAUAAUAUCGGCCAAUAAAUGCUUUAAAAUGUAAUAUCGGAAAUGAUCGGUAUCUGUUUUAAAAUGAUCGGUAUCGGUUUCAAAAAAUUAAAAUUGAUGACUUCUUAAAACGCCGCUGUGUACACAGACGUAGGGAGAAGUACAGAGCGCCAAUAAACCUUAAAGGCACUGCUUUUGCGUGCCGGCCCAGUCACAAAAUAUCAACGGCUUUUCACACACACAAGUGAAUGCAAGACAUACUUGGUCAACAGCCACUGAGGGUGGACGUAUAAACAACUUUAACACUGUUACAAAUAUGCGCCACACUGUGAACCCACACCAAACAAGAAUGACAAACACAUUUCGGGAGAACAUCCGCACCGUAACACAACAUAAACACAACAGAACAAAUACCAGUGCCAUGUUGGCAUUUUUUUCCAUAACUUGAGUUGAUUUAUUUUGGAAAACCUUGUUACAUUGUUUAAUGCAUCCAGCGGGGCAUCACAACAGAAUUAGGCAUACUAAUGUGUUAAUUCCACGACUGUAUAUAUUGGUAUCGGUAAUUAAGAGUUGGACAAUAUCGGGAUAUCGGCAAAAAACCCAUUAUCGGACAUCUCUAGUUUUAAGCCUUUUGCGGCCUGCAGUGUAUUCCAAGUAAAACAAAACAUUCUUCGCACUUCAAAACACAAAGCUUGUGUUCAAAGUCUGAGAACAUGACCUACUCCCCUUACUCGCUGAAAUGUUGAACUUUUUUGGGCACAUUUAUAGUGCCAUUUUUUUUUGCCCGAAUUGUAGGAGCUGAUUAUUUUUGCCUUCAAACCAGGGCUGUCAUAUGGUUCAGUUUUUUAAACCAGAUUAAUCACACAUUUGAAUUUGGAUUAAUCACGGUUAGAGAUGUACUAAAAUAAAUAUAAACACUGUUAGAAAGCACACUAGUUUGUUUUACUGAUGAGUGUUCUGGCAGGCGUCCUACUCUGAUCAGCGGUUCUUGAAUGCAUCGUAAAAUAAUUUCCGUGUCAUAUUCCUAUAAAUAUAGAACGAUCACUGUGUUCUAAGAGAGUACAACAAUUGAAUAUUUUUCAUUUGCUCAGUCAGUAAAAUUUGUAAAUGUUUAUAUUGAGGUAUCUUAAUGUCUCGUGUUUUCAUGUUAGCAUUUAAACUAGCAAACUGGCAUCAGUUAGUCCAUGAGUUUAUCGAAGUGGUAUUAUCAAUCAUGGUUUUUCAAUCAUUAAUUUAAAACGGUAAUUUUAACUGUCUGGAAUUUUACUGCAGUUAUCAUUAAUACCGUGAGGUCACAGGUUAUUACUUGCCUGCAUAAUUUAAAUUAACCUAACCAUUUGGACACAAAUGGCAAUUUUAUUGUCAGGAUGUCAUUCAGCAUCAUUUAUAAACAUGAGCAAAUCGAUAAUGUACAUUUAAGUAAAACAUAACAGUUGUAUCUAAAGUCCAGUCAGGGUGGAUUCUUAAAGGUAAAUUUACCAGUGAGCACGGAGCUCCUCACUCAUCUUUAUACCGACUCAUGCGUUGACCCGAUCACAGACCGUACACCAAACCUUUCAGUAACCAUCCGCACUUAAGCGAAAGGAGCAUUUAAAGUCCAAAUAAAUUGUGUGAUUAAUCUGCGGAUUAAUGUGAUCAUUUUGUGUGAUUCAUCACAUGAGGUAACUUAUUUUUGGAUAGCCCUACUUUAGACAUAACACAAGUUAGCUAAGCAGGUUAGAACAAAUGUUUUCUGUAUUUUUCUCAGGCUGCUGCACCUUACACUUUGAGAACUCCCAGGAUAAAGUACAGUGGAACCUCAAUUUGCAGACUUAAUCGGUUCUUAAACAGGGCUCGUAAAUCAAAGUUGGUAUAGUGAAGCAAAUUUUUUCACAGGAAACAAUGUAAAUAUGAAUUAUGGAUUCCAGCCUUGACAAAACUCCAUAUUUUAGUUAAGGUCUGUACACUUUGAACACAAUAUAUAAAGCGUUUUACAGUACUGUAUAUCAAACAAACAUAAGGAGGUGAUGACUUGACUAGUAAGCUAAAAGGACAAGCUGAACUGUGCUGUAUGCUCUGCUCUGCCAACAUGCACACACACAGAAGUCCCUUUGGUGCCCUCACAAAUGAUCAGAAGUCACACAAUCCUUAACUUUAACAUCAUUUUGCUACAAUAAUAUACUUCUAAAAAGUAAAAUACUGCAAAGGAGCAGCUCAAGAGAGGAGAGAAAGGUGUAGAAGAGAGUGCGGGGGGUUGAAUGUGUGUGUGUGUGUGUGUGUGUGUGUGUGUGUGUGUGUGUGUGUGUGUGUGUGUGUGUGUGUGUGUGUGUGUGUGUGUGUGUGUGUGUGUGUGUGUGUGUGUGUGUGUGUGUGUGUGUGUG